AUGACGCGGGAGGGAGACGAUACACACUCGCUGAGCUCGCCGCAAAAGCGGCCCGAGCAGUACAGACCUUCAGUCAGCCGACUCAAGCUUGGCGAAACUUUGCAACCGAUUCGACGUACAGCUCAGGAUCUGUACCUCUUUCGAGACAACGUCGGCGGCCGCUCCGCCCUUGUCCACGACUCCAACCCGGCCGAAUCGCACAACGAUGAUGGGCGCCAGCGGCAUGGCAAGGCCAAGUCGCCUGGCCACGCAAGCCAUGGUGGACAGAAGUCCCCCGGCGCCGGCGAGAGCCAUCAUAUAAAAAUCCACCAGAGAAGACGCUCUGGAGCCGACGGCAACGGCGCAGGCUCGACCGCCCAGCAUUCGCAUUUCCGACAUCUAAGCACCGACAUUUCUUGUCAUCAAUGUGGUGAGGUCAACAGCCCAGAGUGGCGCCCUGGGCCUCAAGGUCCGGGAACGCUCUGCAACGUCUGCGGACUUAUAUACGCAAAGCAAGAAAGCCAUCGGCGCCGCGACAAAACGAAAUCAGAAAAUACAAGAAAGCAUCGUGCAAGUAUUUGA